AUGAUUGCCGAAGACCACUGGGGCAUUGGCACAGGGCCUGAUUGGGUGGUUUCGGUGACGGCAAUUUGCUCUCCUUUGCGAGGCUGCAGCCUGCCGUUCUUGCUGGGUCUCGUCGAGGUCACUGACGAGGACGGCUGUACCAAACAUUUGGUGGAGCCCGGCUCCUUCACUCAUGGAGUCAUGGCCGUUUGCUGCCUCAUCAUCAAAAUGCAAGAUCGUUGGCCAAGGAUGUUCAAGUCCUUGUACAACAUGAAGUCGGACCAAUGGUCUGAGCACAACACCUGGAGCAACAUGGUUUCGGCUCGGCAUCCUUAUGCUCUUUCAGGCCGAUGGGCGGGGGUUUUCCCAUCCAAGGGUGUCAGAAUGGGGGAUGGCUAG